AUGGCUGACGAGACUGAGAACAAAGGCACUAGUAAUACGAGUGAAAAGAAGAGCUUGAUUGCAAAGAUCCUUGUUGCAGUUGUGGUGAUACUCCUCAUCAUAGGCGGAGCUGUCCUAAUUAAGAAGAACUCUGGGCUGAAUUCAGUACCAUCCAAGAAUGCAGCACGAGCUAAGGCAAAUGCAAGCGGGCCUAAGAAGGUACAGGCAGAAGCCCUAGAGCAGAAGAAGGUGCCUACAACCAAAUCAGGAUUCAAGAAGACGGCAGAUAACGAAAUGAAUCUGAAAGGAAAGAAAAUGGCAGAGCUAGCCCACAGCGACGAAUAA